CCAUAUAUUAAAUCCCUAAUUACCGAAGUCCAAAAAUAGACGAAAACUCGAUGUAUUAUGCAAAAGUUUUUUCAGUUUUUCGUUUUGCUCUGUGUCGGUCUCUUCUCUUUCACUCUCACUGCUUCUUGCUGCUACUGCUACACUAUCUCCGUUCAUGGCUUCCCUCAUGAGCAGGAUUGAGUUAUAACUGUGCGAGCAGUUGUUGGUCAUAAACGUUUUGUUUUAUUACGACUUAAGGAAGCUUGGAUGGAAAAAAAAAUACUCCCAUCUUCAUCUGGAGGCUACGACAUUGCUUCAUGUGGGACGCAUUUGGGUCAAAGGAUAUCGAGGCCAGUUGAUUUGCCUGAAUUUUCCUGGACUCCAGAAUCAAGUCUAAAAGGGAAUGGUCCACUCUUAUUCACCACAGAAGAAAACACCCGUGAGUCAACUGUAAAUCAAUCAAAGUCUGCCUCAAUGGUUGCUCAUGGAGAUAGUUUCCAGCAUCAAUUUAAUCAUCAGAACAGUGUCGAAGGAUACACUAGUAAUUCGAAGGCCCAAGAAAAUGAAGUUAAAAGUAUGAACCAUUACUCUUCAUGCAUGCAGUUGCAAUCUACACAGCACCAGCAUCCACUCUGGAAAUAUGAUUUUCCAAUUGGGGAGGCACCUGAUUCGCUAAAUUGGGUAUCACAGACAAAUAACAUGCUUGCACAAGCUGACACUGGUAGAUCCUCUUCAAAAUCCGAUAAUUCGUAUACUGGAAAAUCUCAGCUUCAUCCUCAUCUGGGAUAUUUGAUUUCUGGGAACCCUGAUGUCACCUCUAGGAUGUCAUUCGAAAUGCAUAAUGUUUCCACUGGAGGUGUGAGAGAGUUUGGAGCAGUUGAGCAGAUUUCUUCUCAGCACCAUUCCUCAUAUGCUUCUUCUCAUGGAAGAGGCUGCCCUGAAGAAGCCAAUAGAUUUGGAAAUUCUUGUGUUUCGGAUCAAAGUCUUAAGUGUUCAAACAGAUCUGGACUGCCUUGUUGGUGGGAUAGAGAUAUUCUCUUAAGGGGCUCGGCUUCUACUGACCAAAAGGCUGGUGGAAAGUCAUUGCAGACCAAGGCUCAGAAUUCCAUUGGUUCUUUUGAUAAUCUUGUAGACACACUUGAAAGUAGAGGAACAAGUCACAUGGAAGGUGAUAUGAAAGAGGACGUGAAAUCAAUAGAUAAGUCAAUCCAUAGAUCUCACAGAUUGAAUGAGAAGAGUAGGUUACCGUCUAAUAAGAUGUCUCCUGCGGCUGAAAAGCUAUGGGAAGGAUCUCUUCAGCUGAGUUCAUCUAUUACCGCUUCUGUGGUGGCUUUCUUCAGAAGCGGCGAGAAGUUGCUUGAUGUCAAGUGGUCUGAAUUUGUUGAAGCUAGAGGCAGAGUAAAAUUUGUUGACUUCAAAAGCUACGUCAGAGAUCUUCGUAGUUCAGGCAGUCGGACACUAACUGUAGUUUCUAUUUGCCUCAAGGAGGGAGCUUCUGUAAUAGAACUCGAGGGCAUGAAAGCGGCUGUUAAAGAUUAUAUGAGAUGUGGCAGAGUCGGUAGAGCAAAGAUAUCUCCAGAUGUUACUAUUUAUAUUUGCCCACCUAGCAAUGAAGUUUUCAUUGUUCUUGAAAAAUAUGGUUUCUUGAAGGGAACGGCAGCUGUGGAAGGGAACUCUCAGUUGAUGAUUGGUUGUGUUGUAAGGCAGAAAAGUCAAACAGCUUUGACUUCUGUUCUUAAAAAGUCUGAGGAAAAGGCUAAUUCUUUGCAGGAGCAGCUUCAAAAGUCUCUAUCUGAUUCUUCUACGUUGCAAGGUGGGGGACAAGGUUCUUUAUCUGUGCCAUCAGUUGAGAACUCAAACCCAUCUGCCCCACUGAGCUCUUUCUCAAAUAUUGAAGUAGCAAAUGUCACUGAUAACAAGAAUAUUGGUAUUGAUUCUGCAAGCAGGACGACUUUAACAGCUUCAGGUGUGAAGUCACCACCUUUUCAGCAAAAAAAAUCUGAAUUUUCCGGCUCACAUCUUUUGGGAUCUAAAGGGCACUUGUCGAGCAUUGAAGCUUCUUAUGUGCACCAGUCAAAUGAUGAACCACCCAAGGAAAGCAGGAACCUCCCAAAACCUGUAAUAUCAUUGCUGUCCAAUGCAUCAAAACGAAAAAUGGCAUUUCCAGAUGAUGAAGAUCUCCCUGAGUUCGACUUUGGAACUGCUAGUGGAAUAUCUUCAAGUUCCCAUCAUUCCUAUGGAUCCAUUAUUGGCAAUAGGCUUCAACUUUCUGGAAGUAGAAUUUUAGGUAUGUCUAAACAGCCCACCAGACUUGUGGCACCUUCAGCUUGCAUGACUAUUCCUAGGUCUGUAAUAUCGAUCAGUAAAGAGAUUCCCCUAGCUAGAAAUGUUAAUGACUAUAGUCAACUGGUCACUGCUUCUAGGCAAAUGGAAGAAAAGCAUUACAGCCAAAGUCAUGCUAUUCCAGUGACAAUUCCUGUUUGUGCAUAUGGUUCAUCGAUGGUUCCGUUUCAUAGCUCGGGUAAGAAGAAUUUAUUUAAUGAUGCUGAUAUGCCUGAAUGGUUGCCGCCAGAUGCUCAGAAUGAAAGAACAAAUGAACCACCAAAGACCUUUCUGCCUGAAUACUCAACCUCGAGAAUGUUGCUGCCUCUUCCUACAGGAUCAGUGUUUCCUUAUCCAUCUUCUGCCCCUAUCCGUAACAGUUUUUCUUCACAACCAUCUCCUCUAUAUCAUCUGCCUGCCAAUUCCAGUGUGCCACCCCCCAUACCCUCUCAAAAAGGUGCAAGUAAUUUGACAGGAUUCACCUUUAACCCAGUUCCAAGGUCACAGUCUAGUUCCCGUGCUGCUGCAAGUUCAUGGAAACCUGCGGAUAAAGAGUAAGGAGGUUUAGAAUGCUCCACUAAUUGAUCAAGUACUGGCAAGUUGGCAGCAAGCAUUUUUCUCCCCUCUUUGUCUGGAAACGCUUGUCAGUGCUGGCACACGUGGCAGCACCUCUGGAGCCGUCAUUCUAAAUUCAGCUAUUGAUUCGAUGAUCCCUAUAGGACGUGGUCAGAUUUACUUAUUAGGGACAGAAAAACCAGCAAAGCACAGGUUAAAAAUCAAUGAUGAGAAUCUCCGAUGGAUAUGUGAGCUCUUGAAUCAGCUUCAGAUCGCAAGGUAACAUAUGCAGAUGGGGAAGGAAAAUCCAUGAGUAUGUCUAAAAAGUAUAUCAAAACCUCAAGUAUGAUCACUUUGUAAGGAUAGAAUCAUGGUGAGAAGACGAGAAGAGUUAUGAUUGAUGAAUGUCUGGUAUGUAUUAAGUAGUAAAAAGAGUCUCAAAGAAAGCAAGUAGCAAGUCAGUCUGCACAUAUCAUACUUUUUCAACUAUUCUCCUUCCUUGUUGAAGGAGAAUGGAAAUCAAAACUUCAACACGUAUGACCGCUUUGUAAGGAUCAAAUCAUGGUGAAAAGAUGAGAAUUGAGUUAUGAUUGAUGAAAGUCUGGUACAAAAAUGGAAGCUUGACAUCCUUUCACUGGAGUUUAUAAGCCAUACUCUGAUCGGGAAAGAUUAGAAUUUUGGGAGUCGAGGGUUUAUGAAAGAUUCAAUUGCAUACCAAGGUCAAGAGCACCAUACCUAUUUCUCUGUUUAUAUCAGCAGUCUUGUCCUAUGAUAUCUGUUACUCCCCAUUGUUUCUUGAGCUCUGGUUAUCGCAUUAUUUGACUACUGUUGUUAUUUCUUGUUUUCUGAAUGCCAUGUAAUGCUUUCCGUAUUAUUUGAUAUGUCCGGUUUACUUCUUUUUUUCAAAUUGCUUUGACGUCUAUCACUUGAGCAAAAGGUCUUUUAGGAACAACUUCUCUGCAUGCACAAGGUAAGAAUAAGGUUUGCAUACACACUACCCUUUGCAGACUCCACCUAUGGGAUUAUACUAUGCAUGUUGUUUUACGAAGGUUAAGAGCUAUGAGUAGCUUUUCUCUAACUUUAUUUAGGACAUGGAAUUGAUUGAUCUCCCAUAACAAGGAGCUUGCUACACCUGGUUUAGUGGAGAAGAAUCUGCUCAAGCUUGCAGAAAUUCAGAUUCCUAAUCUGUAAUGAAUGGAAUGAUACUUUUGGCUCUAUAAAUCAACUCUCUCCCAACUUUUGGUUAUCUUAGAUCAUAGACCAAUUUUGCUGGAAAGUAAUGACUGGUCUACAAAUCAUCUUAUUUGAAAGAGAUACAGGUCUAUAACACAUUGAAAGUAUUCCACUCUUUGAGUUCCAAAUCAGUUUUGAACUUUUCCUACCUGAAAUUUUAUGUACCUUAAGUGUGAGUAUGAAUCUUUCAUUCUAUUUUAAUUUGAAAACAUGUGCUACAACAUGAAGGCUGGACAUUUUUUAGCUUUGUUAGCUCUCUAGUUUUGUAUAUUUUGCAAUCCCUUUGCACCUUUUUGAUGCCUUUUAUGAUAUCUUCAUUAAAAAAAAAACAAAGAAGAGUACAUGCACUGGCAAUAC